AUGCUAACUCUUAGGCAACCAUCGCAGAACGAGAUCUUUGUAUAUGACCGACAAUACGUCAGUGAACCAGGCGAUGUCGAAUUUCCGGAAAUACAUCCUCCUGAACCAUUCCAACCCGGUAGCCCCCCAGCUACCCUCAAAGACCAGAACGACCUUCAGGCAUGGCGGAACCUCUACAUGGCACGGCGCAACUGGGCACUGGACUUGUCCAGUCGCUGUGAGUCGAUUGAUAAGAACGUCCGAGAACAUCACGAGCGAAUCGACGUUAUAAACCGCGCGGUGGGCGUGGCUCUAGAAAACCUCAAGUCUCAUGUGGGUAACCUCGAGCAUCGGUUCCAAGAGGCACAGACGUGGGCGAAUAGCAUUCUAGAAGAGCAGCGGGCCGCUUUAGAUGGCUGGCAACGAGCUCUUUCCACACUGGACAACAUCCCAGCACGUAAAGAUUUCCCUCUUCUUGGACGCCCGUCUACGCCGAAAAUGGACAAGGAUCGACCGACCGGAACGCUGCGAGACUUUGUCGAUGUAGGGGAGGUUCAAUGGGCUGGAUCUGAGGCCACGACUGUAUCGCAAGCCUUUGCUAGUAACGUCCAUGACAUUGAGAAGACAGUUGGCGACAUUGCCUCGGAUACUCAACAACUGGUGGACGAGGCCCUUGCCUCAAGCUUCGAUGGGGUGGAUGGGUUACUGGAAGAAGUGGAAACUAUUGCGAAGAAGAUCGGUUCCGAUUAUGAGCAUGUUCUCGGUCUGCCAAACAACCAAAAAACCUUGGCCAAUAUAUCAAGACUUGCAUUCAGCCAUACCCAGGACCUCCUUCCAUCGCUGGCGGAAACUAGCAUCGAGCUGCAAGCUGCGCUGGAGCAAUCCGUCCAGCGCCGGAUGGUUGUAGAGAAAAAGUCCAUUGAACAUAUGCGCACGAUAUCUUCCCUUGAGUCUAGACUUGCCGACGCACAUGCACAUAUUGUCAAUCUAGACGUGGGGAGUAAUGCUUUUGAGGUCAUCUACUCUGUCUUCCAAAUGCCAAUGGUGUAUGGGUCGAUUCUUAUCGAAUCCGUGCGGCGGCGAGAAUGGAGUGAUAAGAUCAAGACCGACUCUUUGACGCUGGCUGAGGAGAUGGCAGUUUUGAGAGAUGAGGAGCAACGCCGCAGGAAAAAAUGGCUGAAGAAUAUGGGAGACUUUAUGACAGUGACUGAUUCCACCCCACCAGGCAUUGAAGUUAACCUUCAAGGUCAGGAUGAUGAAUGGCCUGAAGUAGCUCGGAAAGAAAUCGAGUAUUACAUCGACGAUUUGAAGACCACACAUUCCUUGACCAAUUUAGCAGAAGAGCUCACCCAGCAACUCAAGGAGCUGGAUGCACCCACUCGGCAGCAAAGACGACGGGCCAAAGCGUUCAAACAAGGCAGCGUAUUUGACUUGAGCCGGAGCUCUAUAUUACGCGCCGAUGACUCCGUCCGUAGCUUACAAGAAGAAAAGACAAAAUUAGAAGAAAAGCUCAAGGGAUCUGACAGCCGCGUCCGGAAAUUGGAAGAUCUUUUGCAUCGUCAGAGUCACCUCAGCCGGCCAGCGAGCGGCAAUUUUGGUCCAGACUUCCCUGGUUCACCUUCAUCUCCGCACCCUGAUGCACUCUCUAGACGGUCGUCCGUCUCUUCGAGGCGAGUCUCGGCAACUCAGUCCGCCGAAGAUAAAGCACUCAUCCAGCGUAUUGUUACGCUUGAAGCAGAGCUGGCGGCUGAGAAAGAUGUGGUCCAGCGACUCCAUAAGGAAGCCCAUGCCGAGCGGCAAACGCACUCCGACAAGUUCCAGGAAGCCCAAUCCACAAAGAAGGACCUCAUAGGCAAUCUCGAAGCCCGCCAACGCGAAUUCGAAGAUGAGCGCCGAUAUCUCGACUCGGAGCUAAAGAGAUUUAGACUCCGCACCGAGGAGUUGGAAGAAGAGCUUGACCGAAUUCUGGAUGGCAGGGAAAGACAAGAUCUUGACGAUCGCAUGCACCAGCUCGAAGCCGACCUUGAAAAUGCUCACGCUAAUUCCGCCGAGGAUGCACAGAAAAUCAAUGAUCUCAAUACACAGAUUCAGACUCGACAGGAGCGGGAAGAAAGCCUCCAGGCUAAGAUUGAUGAUCUGGAACAGCGACAAGCGGAGUUUGAGCAAAAGCACCAGGAGAGUUACCAAGAUCUCCAAGCUAUCUUCUUGAACCUCUCUCCUGGGGGCAUUGUGCCUGUCGAACUCCCUGGCAUAAUCAAAGCCAUUGAGGUUCUUUCCGAGGGUCUGUCGAUCCACGCCAAGAGCGCGGAAUCGAAUGCUUCUCAAGCAAUAGCGGAGAAAAAGGCCCUGGAAGAACAAAUUGUGAAAUUGGAGGCCGAGGCAGAAGAGCGGACAAAGAAAUUCGACGAAUGCGAAGCCCAGUUGUCGCAAUUAACUGGAGAACUCUCACACGAGCGAUCGAAGUCCGAGGGCUUGACCGGUGAACUGGGCAAAGAGCGAUCAAAGUCGGAUGACUUGACCGGUGAACUAGACAGAGAGCGAUCAAAGCUAGAGGGCUUGACCGGUGAACUGGGCAAAGAGCGAUCAAAGUCGGAUGACUUGACCGGUGAACUAGACAGAGAGCGAUCAAAGUCGGAGGACUUGACCGGUGAACUGGACAAAGAGCGAUCCAAGUUCAAUUCAUUGCACUCUCAGAUGACUGCCGGAGAGAGUGGCUCCGACGCGCUUCGUGAACAGAUCGCCGAAGAGGAACGGAAACAGGCAGAGCUGUCUCGGCAACUGGCUGAAGCGGAGAGCCAAGCUCAAAAUUUCAAAGACCAGGCCGCGGAAUGGGAGAGAAAGGCAGGGGCCACUUCGAAGACCGAGGAGCAGGCUGUGGCGCGGUUCGAAGCUCGAGGUGCCAAGUCCCUCGAGCUUUCAAAUCAGCUGAUCGCACAGGUUGAAAAGCUGGGUCGGAUGCUUGAGCAAUUGGGUUUCACCAUCAUCCAGCAAGACGGCCAGCUUCUUGUCCAGCGGGCUUCGAAGCUCAGUGCAUCAUUGGGCCUAGGCGAAAGCCUCGCCCAGUCAGGUAUUGUAUCCCUGAAGCCGGAUACGGUGCUUCUGGACUGGGUGAACGCCGAAAGCUUGGAAGAUGAGGAGACCAAAUUCUCAGCUUUCAUGGAAAGCCUAGCUCAGUUUGACGUGUCCGUAUUUGGUGAUGUUGUUGUCAAACGCGUCAAGGACAUCGAACUCCUAGCCCGCAAAUGGCAAAAGGAAGCUCGAGGCUAUCGUGAAAAGUACCACCGAGUUCAGAGCGAAGCUCACGACAAGAUUGCCUACAGAUCCUUCAAAGAAGGCGACCUUGCUCUCUUCCUUCCCACACGGAACCAGGCCAUUCGCUCCUGGGCCGCCUUCAACGUGGGUGCGCCGCACUAUUUCCUCCGCGAGCAGGAUUCGCACAAACUACAAGCUCGAGACUGGCUUCUCGCCCGCAUCACCAAGAUCGAGGAACGGGUUGUAGAUCUGUCCAAGUCAAUGAAUGGCGUUGCACUAGACCGUCGCUCCCUCGGAGAAGUCAGCGACGGCGCCUCUCUAGAGGACGAGAAUCCAUUCGAGCUUUCAGAUGGCCUCCGUUGGUAUCUCGUUGAGGCGGUAGAAGAGAAGCCUGGUGCGCCUGCCACGCCAGGCAUAGCAAAGAGUACAGUUGCAUCGGCACACGUCGAUGCCAAGGGUAGCAUCCGCCUCAAACGUGGUACAGACGAGGGCGCCAUUGCCAAAACCUUAUCCAGGAGUCUCGAUAGCCGCCGUGAGAGCGCAAAUUCCAAGCGGGGCACUCCCACGCCGUCGCAACACGCUGUCGAAUCCACUACUGAUCUUGUACGCCUAGCCGAAGCUGAUGCUGGCUCGCAGCCUCGAGAGACUGCUCCCAUCUUCGACGAGGUUCGCCGUGACCUGCUCUCCGGCCCGUGA